GCCACCCCACCCCACCCCAACCCAAGCCCAAAUUCCCACGCCUCCUCCUCCUCCUCCUCCUCCUCCGCCGCAAACCCUAACCCCAAUGGCGGAGGACGGCGGCGGCGACAGGGACCAGCAGAACCAGCAGCAGCAGCAGGAGGAGGCGGCGGCACCGGCAGCCGCGGCGGCGGGGGUGGGGGGAGGGGAGGAGCAGGGGAACGGGAGGGGGGAGGAGAGCGUGAAGCUGUUCGUGGGGCAGGUGCCGAAGCAGAUGACGGAGGACGAGCUCGCCGCCAUGUUCGCCGCCGUCGCCGUCGUCGACGAGGUCACCCUCAUCCGCGACAAGGCCACCAAGGCGUCCCGAGGCUGCUGCUUUUUGAUCUGCCCAUCAAGGGAGGAGGCUGACAAGGCGGUGAAUGCAUAUCACAACAAGCGCACCCUUCCAGGGGCUUCAAGUCCAUUGCAAGUGAAAUAUGCUGAUGGAGAGUUGGAAAGACUGGAGCACAAACUUUUCAUUGGAAUGCUUCCAAAAAAUGUAACAGAUGCUGAAAUGACUGAUUUAUUUUCGCAAUAUGGGAACAUCAAGGAUUUGCAAAUUUUGAGAGGUUCACAACAGACAAGCAAAGCCGGCUGUGCCUUUUUGAAGUAUGAAACAAAAGAGCAAGCGCUGGCAGCUAUCGAAGCUCUAAAUGGGAAACACAAAAUAGAGGGUUCAAGUGUACCUUUGGUUGUUAAAUGGGCUGACACUGAGAAGGAAAGACAAGCUCGAAAAGCACAAAAGGCUCAAUUUCACCCAUCUAAUAUGUCAAAUCCAAAUGCAAUGCAACAGUCUUCAUUAUUUGGAGCUAUGCAGAUGGGAUAUGUACCACAGUAUAAUGGUUAUGGCUACCAGCCACAAGGAACCUAUGGACUAAUGCAGUACCCUUUAUCUCCUAUGCAAAAUCAAGCUGCCUUCCCGAAUAUGGUUCAGUCUGUUAAUCAAGGAAGCUCUAUUCGUGGAGUCAAUUCUGAACUUUCACCUAAUUCUGCUCCUAGAUCGUUUAACUCAAUGCAGUUAGGCAGUCCUUAUUCGCCUGUGCCUAGUAUGCAGUAUCCGGGAUCAUAUCCUGGUAAUGCUAUCAAUAGUCGUCCUUUUGUGAAUUCUCACAAUUCAAUGAAAGUUCCAAAUGCGAAUGCUAGUUCUCCCACUUCUUCAAGUACUAGCAGCAACCCCGGUCCUCAGAUAGAGGGUCCUCCUGGAGCCAAUUUAUUUAUCUACCACAUCCCUCAAGAAUUUGGCGACCAAGAUCUUGCCGGUGCCUUUCAGGGUUUUGGUAGAGUACUGAGUGCUAAAGUUUUUGUAGACAAAGCAACUGGUCUUAGUAAAUGCUUCGGUUUUAUAAGCUAUGAUUCUCCUGCUUCUGCACAGACAGCCAUUAGUAUGAUGAACGGAUACCAAUUAGGUGGUAAAAAACUGAAAGUACAACUCAAGAGAGACAACAGCAAGCACAGUAAAACUUAUUGACAGCGACCUUUUGUAUGCCCACACGAUCAGGAAAAUUGGUACAUAUGUGUCACACAAAUUGAUCGUUACAGUUGUUACCUCUGGCCUCCACCAUGUGUUGUAAGGUGGCGGCUUGUGUAUCUUUGUUCAAUUCACAUUCUUGAAAAUUUGUUACAUUGUGUAAUUUGUUGCAGCAUAGUUGUAGAAUCUGUACCAUCAGAUCCAUUGUACAUCAUCAGAUAUUAAUUCAUUCAA